AGGACGUCCUACCCGGGCGCCCGCCGCUGAAGCUGCCGUACCACCAGGAGGACUCGCUGGUGCUUCAGGCCUUCCGCGGUGAGGCGCCCGUCGGGGAGGCGGUGCUGCGCCUGCAGGCCGCAGGCGGCGCCGGGAGGGCGCCGGUCAGCUUCCAGGCGGAGGCGCGGCUCCUCGACGAGUGCCUGGAGCCGGCAGGCCCCGCGCCUGCAGCGCCAGGUGCAGCCGGCCAUCUUGAUGAAUGCCUUUGCCGAGCAUGCUGCGCGUCGCGUCGAACAUCAGCAGGGUCAUCACGAUCGAGAAGAGAAGGCGAC